AUGCAUGGCUUCUGUGAUGCCAGUCAAAAUGCAUAUGGAGCCUGCGUGUACAUACGGACUGAGCUCGAUGCGAACAAGUAUCGUUUAGAACUUCUUUGCUCCAAAUCAAGAAUUGCGCCGUUGAAGGCUGUAUCAUUGCCAAGGCUGGAACUAUCUGCAGCGCUUCUACUGGCACGGCUGAUGGACAAGGUUCGAUUGUCAAUAGAUACGUCUGACAUCAAGGUGUAUCUAUGGUCGGAUUCAACAAUUACAUUGAGUUGGAUAUCCUCAGAAUCACGCAUGUUUUCAGUUUUCGUCGCAAACCGCAUAGGAGAAAUACAACGGUUGACUCAAGCGACGGAUUGGCGACACGUACCGUCCGGUCAAAAUCCAGCCGACUUACUUUCACGAGGUUCAAAUCCAAGCGAUUUAAUUCAUGCAACCACUUGGUGGAAGGGUCCCGACUUUUUGCAACACAAUGAGAAUUUCUGGCCCGCCAAUCAAUUUCUACGUCAGGAGGACACCUCCGAACUUCGAAAAAUAUACGUUAACAUUGCAGUCGUUGACACCAGUGUCAUAGAAGACAUACUCAACAAUCAUUCAAACCUUGACAGAGCCUGUCGCGUUGUGGCAUAUUGCUUGAGGUUCUUACGAAGACCUGCAGGCAUUACAACACAUUUCGUCUCUCACGAAGAAACCACGGCAGCAUUGGAACUAAUGUGUAGGACCGUGCAACAGCAUUCCUUUCCCGAGGAGUACAAGGCCUUGAGCAGCAACAAGAGCCUCAAUACAUCCAGCGGGAUUUUGACACUCAAUCCAUUUCUCGACGAUGGAUUAAUUAAAGUUGGAGGUCGAUUAAAACAUUCAAAUCUAACACAGGACGCGCGUCACCCGAUGCUGCCACCGAAAAAUCACGAACUAUCAAGACGAAUCAUCACGCAAGCGCAUAUUAAGUCUGUUCAUUCAGAAACCAUUACGAGCCCCUUACCCCCUAGUCGCAUCACUGUUUCCCGACCAUUCUCGUAUUGCGGCGUGGACUACGCCGGUUCGUUAACUCUGCGAGAGGGGAAACGCAGAAACGCGCAUACUCACAAAGCAUACAUCGCCAUGUUCGUAUGCUUCGCUACUAAAGCGGUACACAUAGAACUAGUUAGUGAUUUAACCACCGACAUGUUCUUAGCAGCCUUCAAAAGAUUUAUAUCGCGCAGAGGGAAGCCUUCCCACAUGUGGUCAGACAAUGGCACUACUUUCGUAGGUUCCCGUCAUCCGAAUAACAUGGAACUUCAUACCACCCAACGCCCACAUUGUGGAGGACUCUGGGAAGCCGCGAUAAAGUCUGCAAAAUUCCACUUAUAUCGUGUAAUCGGCAAUGCUCAUCUAACUUUCGAAGAGAUGCAAACUAUUUUAUGCGAUGUAGAAGCGAUAUUAAAUUCACGGCCCAUCGCUUCAUUGAGCGAAGACCCCAAUGACCUCGCUUAUUUGAGCACCGGACAUUUUCUAAUCGGCACUACCGUAGACAGUUUUCCUUGCCACGAUUUGAGCGACAUAAGCGAAAAUAGGCUCAUUCGUUGGCAACGCGUAGAACAAUUGAGGCAACAUUUCUGGCGACGGUGGAGUUCAGAAUACCUCCACACCUUACAAGCGCGUUCCAAAUGGAAGACUAGCAAGGGGGAUCAAUUAAAGAUCGGUCAAGUCGUACUAAUAAAACAGCAAGGGUUACACCCUCUUCACUGGCUGUUAGGGCGCGUACAAGGCGUCCAUCCGGACACAGACGGCGUUGUAAGAACCGCUGACAUAAAAACAGCAAAGGGUGUUCUUACAAGACCGUUAACUAGGAUAGCGAUAUUACCUAUAGAUGACUCCACUGAUAAAUACUAG